GGAAUACUCUAGAGAAAAGAAAAAAACAUGCGACCUUCAUUGGACAGUUUCAAACAGGCCUCUAGCAACGCUUUGAGCAAAGCUCAGCUGAUGGUUGGUCUGAAUAAGGAUGACUGUAGCUCCUCGAAUUUAGACGUUGAGAUGGCAAACGCUAGUGGUGUGGGUGAGAGCAACUCUACUCGGACGUCGUCGUUCCGRGGAUUGUUCGUUCGAGGAGACGACGAACCGUCKGUGGACAACAGCGAGCAGUCGUCUACCUUUGUCGAGGAAGCGGCCGAUUUGUUGUGCCCGGAACUCACCUUGCAGCAGCGCCUUAUCGGUUUUGCAUCGUGCUUUACGAUUGCGUGUGAGUAGAUWCGAACCCGAUUGUUCACCAUUGGGCUUGACGGAACAGGAUCGUCUAGAGCAGCCAAAAGAAUGAUCGAAAAUUGUGCUCUCUUAUUUAUUUCCAGUUGAUUGACUCACUUUUUCGGUCCUGCUUAUGACGUUCCUCUGAUAACUAAUCWAAUGUGCGCCUCAUAUCUUUCGUCAAUGGCUCCUAUUCGAAAAAAAUUCUUGAACAACGAUAGAUUUGAUCACAUUCAUGUCAUUCAAGUUCUUCGUCCAACUGAUCGAGGGUUACCCAAUCCCGUUCGCUUUAAAUUAUACGAUCGGAAACAUACUAGCCAUGAGCGCUUCUGGAUUUUUAUGUGGUCCUAAGCGACAAUUUCGAAACAUGUUUGACGCCAAACGAAAGACGGUUUCCAUUGUUUAUCUGUCGUGUUUGGCAAGCACAUUGGUUGUCGUUUUUAUUCCACUUUUCUGGGCUGCGAAGCUAACAAUUCUGAUAUCGUUACUGGUAAGCCAAUUCGGAGCAAAUAUUUGGUACAGUUUGAGCUAUGUGCCUUAUGGGCGACGAACUGCCCUCAAACUAGUGAGGCGUUAUCUUGGCCUGAAUAGUAACACCAGAGGUGGUGACGGAUUUAUGGGAAUCGGUGGCAGUGGCGAAUUAACUUAACAAACUCCAYAUGAAUUGCAUAACUAUCUAUUAUUGCACAGAAUACAAGUCCCAAUAAUAG